UUCAUGGUUUUGCCAGCCCGGGAAUUGGUUGCAUAAGCCCCUCUUCUCUCGCUUGCUUCCUUGAAGGGCAGCAGGGACAAUGCAAGAAAGUACGCGGAUCCCUGCAAGGAGCGCAGGAUUCGCUGCGCUCCUUUGGAAUCUUCCCACGGCGGCCCGCUUUUCCGAGUCCAGCCCUUUGCAGUAUCAUCCUGCCCAGUUAUUCCAGGCUGAUCCCGUUGAUUUCAACGUGAGUGGAGUCCUUCUGCAUAGGACUGCCCUGCCCCUCCCACGCGACAAGUAGCCUGGCUAGAGAGGUGAAGGCUCAGUGGGAAGCCCCUUCCAUUCUCCGACCCAAGACAGGAAUGUAAGGGGGUGGCUGCCACCCAUAAGAGUUUCCUGGGCGCGUCUCUUAGCGUUGGACUGUUUAGAGCCCAAUUGCUGUGGGCGUAGAGCAAGUGUUUUGGCUUCACAUCUGUAAUAAUGACUAGGACAGUAAAAGAAAAUAUUGAGCUUCAGAUGUCAGAACUAGAAAUGCUUUUUUCCAUGUUCCCAAAUAAAGGCGAAAUUACCCUUCAGGAUGAUAACACUUUUCUUAAUGUUCAGCAGUACCUGAAUAAUACUAGUGAAGCUCUGCCACAUAAGACUGAAUAUAUAGUUGCUGUUGCCAUUGACGAAUCAAAGGAAAGAGUAAAUUUGCAGGUAACCUUGCCUUAUGACUAUCCUCAUGUAGCACCACAGCUUUUUGCAAGAUCAAAUGCUCUAGAUAGGCAGCAACAACUGCAACUCAAUAAGGAUCUUGCUUCUUACAUUGCUUCUUUGGAGUCUGAUGAACUCUGCAUAUGGACAGCUGUGCAGUGGCUACAAGAAAACAGCUCACCCUAUUUAGAAAACAGCAAAUUGUCCUCUUCAAGAGAAUCAAAAGAAAAAGUAGCUAAAACAUUCUUUAAUCGAAUGUGGAUUUACAGCCAUCACAUAUACAGGCAAGAAUUGAGGAAAAAGAUCUUUGACUGCGCAAAGAAAUUAAAUCUGACUGGUUUCUGUUUAACUGGAAAACCUGGGAUCAUUUGUGUGGAAGGCGUCAAAGAGAAUUGUGAAGAAUUUUGGCAUGUCAUUAGAUACCCAAACUGGAAACACAUUUCCUGCAAGCAUGUUGAGAGUGCAGAGACUGAAGGAAACGAAGAUCACCUACGUCGUUUUCAUGGUUUUGAAGAUUUACAGUUUCAAGCACAUGGUGAUUAUGGACUGAGGAAUGACUAUCACAUGGAUCUUGGUCAGUUCCUAGAAUUCCUGAAGGAGCAUCAAAGUGAACAUAUAUUUCAGAUCUUGUUUGGAAUUGAAGGAAAAUCUUCUGAUAAUUAAUAAAGAAUCUUGUGUAUUUAA